GCCAUCUGAACGAUCGAGAAAAGUGGAGCAGUCAGGAAAGGUAAACAGUGGAGAACCGGCGCGGAUAAUCUUGGCGCGAAUUUGUCCGAUCGUUGUCAUUGUUGCGAGUGAUAUAAUGAUUCUCUCGAACGAAAAUGCUGACGCGUAAUUCCUCUAACAGCGACGACGGAAAUGUCGAGCCGGCGAGCAAAAACGCGGCGGAAAAGGGGAAGCUGCUCCGCGAGAUACAGGAGCUGAAAUCCAUUAUCGAGCAGUGCGAGUGGAACUUGCAAACUGUGCGCUUUAAGGACGUGGAGCAACGCCCGCGACGCCCGAUCGAGAGACGCGCGCGAAGCCCGGAGGCUACCUCGCACUCCGGCAAGCCGCCGAACGUCGAGGUCGAUCUGCAGAACGAGCUGUACACAUUCGCCGGUUUUCAUUGCGCCAAAUUUCGGAGGAAUGAGAUCGUGUUUAAUUUCACGUCGAGCAGAGCCACGGACGAAGAGCGGAGGGACAACGACACUCACGCGGUGCAGAUUUUGAUGAAGGAUAAAAAGGGCGAGCUGGGAAAAUGGGUGAUGCCGAUGUCGAUCGAUAUGAAUUACAUAUUAUCCAAGAGGCCUCUCGACAAUUUGAAAAAUUUAACCGCCUUCACAAAGAGCUGCAAGCACAAUAUUGACUGCUACGCCGCGCGGCAAGAGCAGUUCCUGUCGCUAAAGAAACGUAUGUCGCAUUUGAAGAAUUGCACCCUGCAGUCUGACAUAGGAUUUAAGCAAAUCAGCUUGGAAUUGUGCGGCGUGCACGAUAGUGAAAAUGACAGAUAUGUAAACUUAACAAUUCACGUGCUGUAUUAUUCUGACCAAGCGAGGCCUUACAAAAUUGAGAUUGACAAGAGCAGGUUAAGCGACGAUAUCAAGCGGAGAUUAAAGAUAUGCAUGAGGGAGUUUAAAAUAUCAGACUUACAAACUGCGUUCGACAAGUUCUUAACAGAGGGCAAUUCCACAUUUACGUGGAUGCGGACAGACGACAGUGAAAGCCCAUUAGAAUUGAACGACACUGACAGCUCUAACGAGGGAGACUUCUUGAGUCAACUGCAAUCAGAGCGGAAAAGAUCGUUGAGAAAACUCCGGAAAAAACGUGAAUUACAGAAGAAAUGGAAUGAGAGAAAAAGGCAAAGAAAUAUUAAAAAUAUUGAAUCGUCAGAAGAAGAAGGUCAGGAGGAUGAUCGCUCGAAAACGAAAAUAUCACGCACUGAAAGUACACGGCAAAUUUCGAUGGGGGCAAAGAAAGCAGAGAAGGCUGUGUCUAUUUCAAAACGAGAGAAAAUUAAUACAAAUCUAUUAGUGGAAACGACGCCGCUGUACAAACCUAAAGUUAAAUUAAAACAGACAAAGUUAAAUUUCCAGGCUCAAGAGGCUACGAAUUCUAAUGCAAAUCAAACAUCUCUGUCUGAAUCGAAAGUGCGUGACAGAAUUGUCAGCAAGCAGUCGAAUAUCGCGAAAUUUAUCACAAGCACACCAAUAUAUAACAAGUUCCAUACUAGAAAGGUGCUCUCGUCUAGUCUGGAGAUUAAUAACAUUACAUCUAUUCAAACUACAAGGAGAACGGCGAACAAAUUAAAUGACUCCAAAAAUAGUGAUCGGCCUGAAAAAAGACCAGAAAAGGAGAGAAAUGAGCGAUUAUCACGAAGUACCUCGAGGAUCACUGGAUCACGGAUUUUAAGGAAAAGUCAACGCCUUACAAAAAGUAUGAAAAAAUAAAUAUGUAAGAUACGUAAAUGUUUAGACAUGACAAUAAAGCAUAUCGGUUUACUUUCUAUUAAAUAUAUACUUUUCGUCUUCUGUUAAAUCUAUACUGUUCAUCUUAAAUAUGCAUUUCACACAUAAUUUUCAUCGCGUCAUCCUUGAUGUUAUAUCUUGUUGUAAAAUAAAUGGGCAAUGGUGUGUGA